AUGGGAAAUGCCCGGGCACAACAGAGACGGCUCGCCUUGUGCAGGCAGAGAGUGGAAGUCAGCGACGCAAUUACCAAGGCUGCAGGGAAGAAGAGCAAGACUCCUGUGCAGCUGGACCUGGGAGACAUGCUGGCUGCUCUGGAGCGGCAGCAACAAGCCAUGAAGGCACGGCAGCUCACCAACACAAAGCCGCUCUCCUACACCGUUGGCACCACGACCCCCUUCCAUGGCAAGGAACCAGCUGGCAAGCCUGCAGUGGUGAAAGGCCAGCCCUACGCGGCCCCCCACAACAUUCUGGACUCCACCGCCCCACGGAUCAAGAGGGGGAAGGAACGGGAAAUCCCAAAAGUCAAGAGGCCAACUGCCCUCAAGAAGAUCAUUCUGAAGGAGAGGGAGGUGAGGAAGGGCCGCUUCUCCGUGGACCAGAACGCCGCUAGUCCUGAAGAGCAGGGCGACGAUGACCUUCACUUCACGGACGACCUCACUCGAGACGCCGUCUCCCAGGAGGAGAAUGGCCUGAGCAUGCCCAGCGACGCCUCGCUGUCACCAGCCAGUCAGAACUCGCCGUACAGCAUCACGCCGGUUUCCCAGGGUUCCCCAGCCAGCUCUGGCAUCGGCAGCCCCAUGGCCUCCGCCAUCACCAAGAUCCACAGCCGCAGAUUCAGAGAGUACUGCAACCAGGUGCUGAACAAGGAGAUUGACGAGAGCGUGACGAUGCUGCUGCAGGAGCUGGUGCGCUUCCAGGAGCGUGUCUACCAGAAGGACCCCACCAAGGCCAAGGCCAAGAGGCGCCUGGUCAUGGGGCUCAGGGAGGUCACCAAGCACAUGAAGCUGCAGAAGAUCAAAUGUGUCAUCAUCUCCCCCAACUGCGAGAAGAUCCAGUCCAAAGGGGGUCUGGAUGAAGCUCUGUACAAUGUCAUUGCGAUGGCGAGAGAGCAGGAGAUUCCCUUUGUGUUUGCUUUGGGCCGGAAAGCAUUGGGUCGCUGUGUCAACAAGUUGGUCCCAGUCAGUGUUGUAGGCAUCUUCAACUUCUCUGGAGCAGAGAGUCUGUUCAACCAGCUUGUGUCUCUGACGGACGACGCCAGGAAGGCCUACAAGGACAUGGUGUCGUCCCUGGAGCAGGAGCAGGCCGAGGAGGCCCUGAAGAACGUCAAGAAGGUCACGCACCACAUGGGCCACUCGCGGAACCCGUCCGCCGCCAGCGCCAUCUCCUUCUGCAGCGUCAUCUCCGAGCCCAUCUCUGAGGUCAACGAGAAGGAAUACGAAACCAACUGGAGGAACAUGGUGGAGACGUCAGAUGCGUUAGAGCCCAUGGAGAGUGAGGCAAGCAGCAAGUCCACAAUCAGCACGUCGGCCCCGAAGGAUGAAGAGGGGAAGACGGCCGCCAGUGCUAGCUCAAGUGCUAGCGCCGGUGCUAGCUCGAGUGCCAACACCAGCGCCAGCAGCAGCGCCAGCGCCAGCGUUACCUCCGUGCCCUCAACGUCCCAGACCAGCCUCCGAACAGGAGCACCCUCCGUGUCAGGCAAGGAGGAAGGCGGCAAAACGGACGACCGUCUGGAGUGGGCCUCCCAGCAGAGCACGGAGACGGGGUCUCUGGACGGCAGCUCCCGGGACCCGCUCGACUCCUCCAUCACCAGCACCACCAGCACCCUGGUGCCGGGCAUGCUGGAGGAGGCGGACGAGGAGGAGGAGGAGGAGGACGACUACACCCCCGAGCCCAUCUCUGUGGAGGUGCCCUCCCUUAACUGCAGCCGCAUUGAGUCCUGGGUCUCCAAGACGCUGGAGAACCUGCAGCUGGGCAAGAGUCAGGAAAGCACGGAGGAGGAGGAGGACGAUGAAGAGGAGGAGGAGGAAGGUGUGGCGAGUGAGGAGGACCUGGACUCCUCUGACCUUGUGGAGCCAGGGCUGGGCGACAAAGAGGCGAAGGAGCCCAAAAAGGUUCUGGGCUGAUGGACCGAGAUCCUCUUCCUCUUCCUCUUCAUUUGUACCUCCUCAUACCCUCCAACUCUUCCCAGCAUCCUCUCCUUUUCUCACCUGUCAAGCAACCAGCAGCUCCACAGCCUCCAAAAGCAGUGUCUGGCUCCAAACCUAACAUUAUCUCAGGAAAUCGACCAACCUACAGUAUGAAACCAAACAUAUUUGAAAAACACACACACACACACACACACACACACACACACACACACUCACUCUCACACACACUCUCUCAC